AUGUUCUUCACCACCAGCUCCCUCCUCGCCCUUCUCGGCAGUACUCUCGCCUCCCCCGUCGAACGGGCCACCACCCCCAAAGUCAUUGACAAUUGUACCAAGAAAGGCACCGUCGCACUUACUUUUGACGAUGGGCCUUACAAGUAUGAGCAAGAUGUUGUGAAUGCUUUGGACGGUGGGAAAGGUACCUUCUUUUACAAUGGAGACAACUAUGACUGUAUCUAUGACCGGGCGGACGAUAUCAAGGCUCUUUACGACGCCGGCCACACUCUCGGGUCACACACUUGGUCGCACGCCGAUUUGAACAAGUUGAGCGAGUCAGAGAUUAACGAAGAGCUGGAGAAGAUAGAGACUGCUUUCGUCAAGAUUCUCGGUGUGAAACCUCUCUACUUCCGACCGCCUUAUGGGAACCUCAAUGACAAGGCCAAGAAGGUGCUCGGUGAGCGUGGAUACAAGAAGAUCUUUUUGUGGUCUGAUGAUACGGAGGAUGCGAAUGGCGCUUCGUCUGGGAGCAGUAAGAAGGUUUUGGAUGGUGUUGCUAAAGACUAUCCCAACCCCCACCUCGUGCUUGACCACUCCCCCAUCAAGACCACUUCCCAAAAGGUCCUUCCCCACUCUGUGCCCAAGCUCAAGGCUGCGGGCUACAGCCUCGUCACUGUCGGUGAAUGCCUCGGCACCGACGAGUCGCCUUACAAGAAGGUCGGAUCGCCCCAGAAGAAGGACAGCUCUUGGAAGUGUUGA